UUCAAUAAUACAAAGCGUGAUUUGGAACGUAGAUUUAAGUUGAUUUAACGGUCACUAACUGAGCGUUAACGCAUUGCAUACAAAAGAAAACAAAACAAAGGUCUCCUUUCAUCUCUUUAUUUUCGCGCGCGAUUUCUGGUAGCCUCUAGGUAUUUACAAUAUAUGCUCUAUUUUACGGUUAAAUCAUUAAAUUUAAUUACUUCAUUGCUUGUAUAAGAAGUAAAAAGAUUAUUAAGUUGAAGAUUUAAUAGAAGUUUAUAUACUAAUUGAAGUAUGUUCUCGAAAGCAAAAAGAUUUGAACCAUCAGCAUUAAUUAAAACUCAAUCAAAAACCCUACCUAAACGAGAUAUAGAUAAACAACAUAUCAAAGCGCCUGUUGUUACGAAAAGUAAGGUGCCUACCUCAACGCCUUCUAAGGAAAACUUUGAAGUGAAAUCUCAAUGUAGUUCAGUAACGAGUACAAAAUCUUUCAAAACUCCAAAGCCUCUUAAAAAUUCGAGUACUACAAGUAAACCGUUAACCAGUAGUCUUAAAAAGACAUUGUUACCACCUGCCAAAAAUUUGCCUAAAAAUAAUGAAGCCAAAGACCAAGAUGAACUUAUUAAAGCAUAUCAAGUUGAAAUAAGGAACAAAGAUUGUACUAUAACUGAGUACAAUAAACAAAUAGAUGACCUCAAAAAUGAAAUUGCUAAAUUACAAAAAUUAUUACAAGAAAACAACAACUGUGAGGAUGUUGAAAAAAUAAAAAACAAAUUUGGUACGCUAAUUAUUAAUGAUGAAAACUCUAACAAAAAUGAUGAAAUUAUAACUGAAGCUUAUGUAGCUACAGUUAUUAAUAAUUUAAAGUGUGAGAUAUUUGAAUUACAAAAGCAAUGUGAAAAGUUAGAAAAUGAAGUCAGUGAUAAGCAAGUUGAACUUUCGUCUCUUGAGGAAGUUAUCACAAUUAGGGAUAGUUUGUGUACAGAUCUUCAGAAAAAGCUUACAGAUGUCGAAACUUGUUUGGAAGAAACUCACCAAAGACUAGAAAUGGUUAAAGGGCAUCAUGCUUUGGCUCUGGAAGCAAAUGAGAGUAUCAGACGUGAAUACAAAGCUGAGCUUGAAACUCUAAAAACAAAACUAGAUGAGGAAAAACAAACAAUUGUUGCUAAAUCUAAAGCUGAUCAAGAGAAUUUGAAGUUAAAGCACAAUUCCUUAAUUGAUUCAAUCAAAAGUCAACUUAAAAAAGAAAAAGAUGAAAAGGUACAGGAAUUGCUACAUGCUAUGGUGGCUAAGGAUAAAGAAAUGAAGGCUAAAUUAGAACAAAUUGAUGAAGCAACACAGGAAAAGUUAAAACUAUGUGAAAUACAGUUUGAGGAACGUAGUAGACAUUUACAGGAGCAUUGGACUCAGCAACAAAGAGAAAUACAAUGCUUAGAGGUUGAGAUAAAAGAGUUAAAGCACUCAUUGCAAUUAAAUGAAGAGAAAAAUGCUGCAUUAAAUAAGGAAAUUAAAAAUAUGCAAAAUGAGAAUGAUAUUUUAAGAAAUGAAAAGUCAAAUUUGAUGCAGGAUCUGGAAGUUAUGAGAGAUGAAUCAAAAAAGAAAGUUAUAGAUUUUGAAAAUGAAAUAAAUAAGUUGACAGUGGAAGUUGACAGAGCUGUUAAAGAAAAAAAUAAAUUUGAAAUGUCCUUAUCAGUCACCAGAGAUAUUGUACAAGUUUUAACAAUGCGCUUAAGAGAAUCUGAUAAUGAAUUGGAACACUUGGAAAGCCAAGUUCAAACUUUGACAAAUUCUAAAGAAGUUCUAGAAUCUGAAUUAGCGACAUUUAAGAAUACACUUAAUAACACAGUAUUGGAAUGUAAUGAGUAUAAGGAAGCUCUUGUAAAUAUACUGAAAUCAAAGGCUGCUUUGGCUAAAGAGCACAAUCGAAUUAUGGAACAUAAUGUGUCUCUGAUAGAAAGCUUACAAAAUGUUGAAAAGGAAGCCUAUCGUGAACUUGGCUCUAUUAAAAAUGAGCUAAUAGAAGAUGUAGAAAUUAUUAAAAAAGAAUCUAAAUCUCAAAUACAAAUGUUAAGGGAAGAGGUGGAAAAGAAACGGGUUUUGUGUCAGUUGGCCACAGAGCAUGCUGGACAAGCAACAGCUGCAGCAGAGCAGUCUCGUGUACUGCUCGCACAGGCGUCUGCAGAAAUAUCCAGACUUGAGAGUGAAAAUCAUUGCAUCCAACAACAGAUUCAAGAUCAACAGUCUUUGGUGGUCGAACUGUCACUGCUGCGACAAGAGAAUGAGGAAUUAACAAUGACUGUUGCAAAACAAUCUUCUGUUAUGGAUAAACUUAGAAAAGAAGCAGAUCAAGUACAGAUGAAACCUAAAUCUCCUUCUGUAAUACGUAAAAGCCAUAAAAUUGGAAAGGAGAACAUACAAGUUAUUUCCCCUCUUAGGGAACGUAAUCAUUAAUUAUGAAAAUAAGGAAUGUUGUUCUCGGCAGUAUUCAUGACAAAAUGCUAACAUUUUUAUUGCCAAAAUUUGUUUCUGAUUGUCGUUUAUUUAUUUGUUUUAAUUUAUUGGCAUGUUAC